UAAUGGCUGACAAAGUUCCUAAAGACAGCACGCGUCUUCAACAAACUCAAAGGAUCUCAACAUAAUAUUAAAAAAUUAAAAACACCAAAUUACAAAUUGCAUAACGGUACAAUUUUUUGCUCACAAUGGUUCUACAUAAAUAAAAACACAUUUUUAUUAAACCAAUCAGUCAUUUUCUCGAGAAACAACAGAACCAAAAGCAUUUCUCGCUGGAAAUUCAAUAUUGCAAAAACAACAACAACGUGGCGAAACCUCAAUUAGUUAAAUUCCAUUGCCAGCUGCACAGUGAGCGCCAAUUAGCUCGUGUUUCAAAUUGGCUGUCAAUUGAAGACACGCUUUUGUUUUUAAGCUAACAUUGGCGUAUUAAUCCCACUGUGCGCCAGCUUGCAGUGGCCAAUCUAAUCGUUAAUCAGCAUAUUGAUCGUAAAUUAAUUAUUAAAUCAAACAUGAGUAAUUGUCACAACGGCCUAGAUGGGGCUAACAAUAUUAGCCAGACGUCGUCAGGAGCAGUAUACGGCGUGCUAUCGACGCCGAAUGACACCGCGGAGACUCUCACGGAGUUCAACACAUGUGCCACAGACGAGAACAGCGAACUAGGUGCAUUUAUCAGAACGAUGGAGCAUGGCUAUGGCAGUGUGUUUAGGAACCGCAAGCUGUUGGUGGAUGUGCUGGCGAUAUUCUUUGGCAUUGGCACAUGGCUGGGCGUAAAUGGAACCUUUAUACAGCUGCCGCUGCUGGUGAAUGAGGCGCCUGAGGGCUGGAGCUUACCCUCGUAUCUCAGCAUAAUGGUGCAGCUGGGAAAUCUGGGACCGCUGCUGUAUACGACGAUACAGAAGUACUCGCCUUGGAAGCUGAACGAUGGUUAUACAAUACAUGGCGUGCUGGCAGUGGGCAGCAUUUCCUGUCUGCUCACAGCGUUCUUUUAUAACAAGACAGCUGUAGUAGCUGGCCAGGAGCACAGCGUCGCGCUCUUUAUACUCACCAUCUUCACAGCGCUGAAUGCCUGCACCAGCUCAGUGCUGUUUAUGCCUUACAUGGGACGCUUCAAGGAGCAGUAUAUGAUUACCUACUUCAUAGGCGAGGGACUCAGCGGACUGCUGCCCAGCGUUACAGCCUUGGUCCAGGGCAUAGGCGAAACUGCACGCUGCGUGCAGGUGAAUGUCACCGAGUCCGGCACGCCCAUCUACGAGCAACAGAAAGUGCCGCCACUGUUCGACACAAAGAUAUUCUUUUUGAUAUUGUUUGGUCUAAUGGUGGCCAGCUAUAUUGGCUACACGCUGCUCAAUGCGCUGCCGCAGGCGCGUCGAGAAUAUGCCGAGGUGACGGUCAGCGAUGGCAACAAGUAUGUCUAUGCCCAGGACGACAAUCAGCCGCGCCUGCAGCAGCUGAGUCGAGCGCAGUAUGCAGCGCUGUUGCUGCUGAUGUUCUUCAUCUCAUUCUUUGCCAACGGCAUCUUUGGCAGCAUCCAAUCCUAUUCCAGUGCGCCUUAUGGCACGCAGGCCUAUCAUCUGUCCGCCACGCUGAGUGUCAUUGCCAAUCCGCUGGCCUGUUUUAUGGCCAUGUUCUUGCAUUUUACCUCGCUGCGCAUUAUCUACGCGCUGUCGACGCUGGCAGCGCUGCUCACCAGCUACGUCUUUACCACCGCUGUGCUGAGUCCUUAUCCGCCGCUCUAUGAUGAAACGUUAGGCAUGGUGCUGGUAGUCACUGCCUGGACGCUGCUCGUGGGCAUUGUGAGCUACACCAAGCUGGGCAUAACGACUGUGAUGCGCGCGCAGGGCGGUCAAUCCUUGGUGUGGGUGGGCGCCAUCACACAGCUGGGCUCCGCCUUUGGGGCCGUUGCUAUAUUCUUUGCCAUUAAUUACACGCGUUAUUUUAAUGCAGCAACUUCACAGUGCUGAAGCUAAUGGCUUUUAUU